AUGGGACGCAGAAAAAUUGAAAUUGAGCCUAUAACUCAUGAACGCAACCGUUCAGUUACUUUUCUCAAGCGGAAGAACGGGCUGUUCAAGAAAGCCUACGAGUUAGGAGUUCUCUGUAGUGUGGAUGUAGUUGUCAUUAUCUUUGAUGAGAAACCAACCCAACCGGGAACCCAGAAACUCUACGAGUACUGUUCUUCCAAGGUCAAGGAUAUAAUAAAGAAGCACUCUAAGUUCACUGGGGAGCGGGACUCGAAAGGUCCUGGGGACUUUUCGCGUGGUGGAGGGAAAGGUGGCGGAAGGAAGGUAGAUGAAGACGCCGACGCAGAUGGUGACGAAGAUGACGAAGACGACGAGGAAGAGCAGCCUGAACCGCCCAAGAAACGACAAAGAAAAAACGAAGCAACGACAAGCACGAAGGUUGCAACGAACACCAGUACAAAGCGUGUUUCUCAACCGCCGACGAAGUCUCUCAAACGAGGUCGUUCCUCGACUCCAGCCUCAACUCACAGUCGGGAAACCUCACCCGAUCUCAGGACUUCAGCGCUGUCGGCCAUGCCCUCUGGCUAUUUGCAACAGCAAUCACAAAACCCUUUCCCCCAGUAUCCCCAACCCCAUUCGAGUCUAGCCAACUCCCCGUCUUCUCCCUUCGAUGCUUUUCACCCCCAGACACAAUACCCUCCCCAUCAUCCGUUCCAGUACCGCCCUCAACAAACGCAAUACUCGACCCAAAACGGAGGGAAAUAUCAGUACCAGAAUCAGAUGUACGGGCCGAGUCAUCGACACUUGUUCGACAACCAGAAUCCGCAUCCGCAUCCCUACAGUUCAUCGUCUUUUAAUGAUCUGCUAUCCAUCUUUGAAGCUAUGCCAUCCGCUGGCAACGCUCAUCCGAACGGGUUGGUGUUACCUGUUGGCAACGGGAACGGGACGGCUGCUUCGUGGCCUCAGCAUGCUAGUGCCUAUCAGCAGCAGCACCGGGGUGGUGGAAGUAGCAGUGGCGGCGGCAGUGGCAGCGGUGCUGGUGUUGGUGCUGGUGCUGGUGAUAACAAUUGGCUGGAGUAUUUAUCUGGUUCUGGUGGGCCGGCAAGACGCCCCCCAGUCGACGAAGAGUUGACUGGCGUGUUUCAGGGUGGUGCAGCGAGAAGAGGACAACCGUCUACUCCUGAUGAAGAUGCGGAUGACGCGGAAAGGGAGGGUGGAAGAAGUAGAAGUACUUCUGAUUCAGAGUACGAGCCUCAACCUCGCCGAAGAGGCAGAGCGAAGAAAGGAUAA